AUGAUAGUGCUGAAGGCGGCCAAGAGAGGUGCAUCCUACAAGGCACUAGCCCAGGAAGUACAGUACUACAGAUCGGGCCUGGAAAUGGUUCGCAUGGCCAAUGUUUACAUGCAAGAGGGAAACAUCGAUGCCGCUUAUAUACUGUACAUUAGGUUUAUAACUCUGUUUGUGGAGAAAAUUCUGACUCAUCCCGAGUAUAAAACUGUUUCUGCUGAUGUCAAAAUGCAGAAUAAGAAAAAACUGAAGGAGGUUCUUCCGAUCGCCGAGAAGCUAAAGCUAAAACUUAAGGAAACGUACACUAAGGAGUACCAGCAGUUUCUGGAAGCGAAACGCUUGGAAAAAGAGCAGGAAGAGAAACGCCUGCGAGAGGAAAGAGACAGGGCCAAAGCAGCGCCACCCGUCAACCUGCCAGAGCCGAGUGCGCCCUCGCUACCGCCCUCCAUGCUAGUCGAUCCGGGCAUGCUGGAUCGGGUCCUCUAUCCGAAUGAUUUCCCAACGGAUCCCAAUCGCUCGUCCGGUGGCGGAUUGCUUCUGCCAGACACUAAACCAUUCCCGAAGCCAGCGUUCGACCGGACGCUCAAACCUUCGCCCACUUCGGUCCAAGCGGGCAGUCUGCGCUCUGUGAUAGUCCCUACCAACACGAUGGCCAAAUUCCUUGCUCUGGCCUCCCACAAUACCACGAGCAACGUGGAAACCUGUGGCAUCCUGGCGGGCCGCUUGGCACAAAACAGACUCCUUAUUACGCACGUGAUCGUUCCGAAGCAGCGAGGUACCUCGGACAGUUGCACUACGAUGAACGAGGAGGACAUCUUCAACUACCAGGAUCAGCACAAUCUGAUUACGCUCGGGUGGAUCCAUACGCAUCCGAGUCAGACGGCGUUCCUGUCGUCGGUGGAUUUGCACACGCACUGUUCCUACCAGAUGAUGCUGGAGGAGGCGAUUGCCAUCGUGUGUUCGCCAAAGUAUCAAGAGUAAGUAGUUUGUACUAGUUAUUGCUAACCUACUCGUCUGCUGAUGCACAUAUCGACUA